AUGAAUUUCUUUCGUCCUCCUCUAACUUCUUUUAUUAAAACUCUUGCUGAUCCAUAAUUGGAAUCAGAACAAUUUAUGAUUGGUAAUGAAUCUAUUACAAGCAAAAAGGAUGUUAUUAGAUAGUUACAAGAGUAAAUCCUAUAUUUUAAGGAGGCUCAUAAUUUUACAUAGUCAGAAAUAGAAGUGAUAAAAUAAUUUGAAUUACUCAUAGAAAGCAAAUAUAAGAGAAGAGCCAAUGACAUUCAGUCUCAUAGUCAACUUACAAAUUUAACAAGGAAAAAGAAGUCAGAAUUGUUUAGAAUGAAGCGUGUAAAGAAAAGAGCUAAGAUCAAGGUAUAUGCUAAGAAAAUUAAUGCAGCAAGAAAUAGAUUUCGAAUAUUGGGUUAAUUCAUAUCAAAUGAAGAGAUUCAAAUAAUAGAGGAAACAUUUGGUUCAUAUGUUUUCAGUGA